CUAGCAUACCUGGCACUGCUACGCGGAAGUAAGUGGAUGAAUGCAAAAUGGUCAUCAGCACUACGGAAUUCAAGGGAAUAUAAACGUAAAAAGUAUGCGGGCUGUGUCUGGGCUAGUGUUCCUGGCCGUGGGUGUGAUGGUGGUGUUGAUGUACCAGGCGGUCCGCCAGGAGCUGACUCUGCGGGGUCUUAAAGCCCGCGCUCUGGAGAGCUCCUCUCAGGUCAAGCAGAAGGAGAACGACAUCGUCCAGGUCAAGAUGAAGAUCCAGAAGCUGAAUGGUGAGCUGGAGCCCAUCAACAUCAAGAGAGACGAGCUGACUAAGAAGAAGGAGCAGUCUGCUAAAGCCACAGGCGAGGCGGACAAGAGUCUAAAGACCUGUCAUACAGAGAAGGCCGAUGCGGAGAAAAAGAAGACUGACGCGUCGGCGGCCCUUCAGAAAGUUAAAGAUGAUCAAGAAGCACAGAAGAAGAAAGCUCAGGAGGAGAUCCAGGCGUUAAAACAGCAGAUUCUGGAGCGGGACAAGGCACUGUGUGCGUUUGUGGACCAGACCAAUGAGGAAGGACGGAAGCUGUGUGGAAUCACAGAGGCCCCAAAAUGAAGACUUGGACUACACGAUCAGCCUCCAUCCCUCCCUCACUCACUCCCUCCCUCAUGCUUGCCGUGAUGCACACACACCCAUACACAUCAUCGUUGUGCAGCUCAUAACAUUCACCACCUACAACCACCUUCACUUCACUGUACCUCUCAAUACUCAGGAAAAUAAAAAACAAGAAGGGUUUGGAAAACCCAGUCUGAA